AUGAACUUGAUUCAAAUCCUAUCCAAAAUCCUAUUCCCUGCAAGGAUUGCAAAAUUGUGGAAGAAACUGGCCUUGACUACCCUGGACAUGACUGUCUCUAUCCAGCCUUCUGGAGUACAUUCAACAGAAAAGAGUGGCUCAAAUUGCAUGACGUUUGUUUCCGCACAGAAAGUAUUCAUUGAAGAAAUGACUUACGCAGGAGAAGAUUCUCUUUCACCAUCGCAGCCAUUAACACUACAGGAUGCAGAGCUCGCUGAGUCUUCAAGAUCCGAGUCACUCACUGUCUCGUCCAGAAAGAACAAAAACAAAAAGAUCAUUAGAACCAUGGUGGCCGUUGUAAUUCACAAACCAUCCAAGUCUUCGCGCUCCAAGCUUCUGGAAAACUCUGUCAUUAGCACUCGAGGCUCGUUGGAUACCACAGAACCAGGUGUUGACUCAAAGACAUGGGGCAAAAUAAUCAACCAUGAUCUUAACUCCGAGGACAUUGGAGCAGCCGGGGUUUUACGAAGGGAAGAUGUCGGAGGAAAAUUGGGAUGUUGGAGGUGUUUUGGAAAGUCGAUAUGGGAGUCUCAAACAAACAUACCCUUAGGGUACCAGUGCGGAAUGCACUUCCUCGGGGAGAAGGUGACAAGCUCGGCACGUCCUUGCACACCAGCGGCCGGAGGGAGGCGACUUCAAGUUCGUCCGUCUGCUCAAAGAUGUAAGGGCUCAACCAAUGCCAAGGAUUUGAAUUCAGAGUAA